AUGUCCACUAAAAUUGGACACAAGGCUAGAUAACUCAUACUUGAUAUACUUAUUGAAGACUGUGUAAUUAAAAUCUAUGACGAUUAACUAAAUGAUCUAACUCCAAAUAUACUUUCCAAACCAUAAAAUGUUGAUCAUUUUUCAUCUCCUUCAAUUUACACUACAAGACAAUCAAAAAGUAAUGAUAAUUUUGCAAAUAACCAACCUUAAAAUAAAUAGAUUAAUUUCAAAACCUAUAAAUUUUAUGAUAAUAUUAGUUUAUCGGGUGAUUCACUUCAAUCUUCCACUUAAAAAGAUCAAACAUACACCAAUAUCAAAGACUUAAUUAAAUAAUACUUGAAUGAUACUAAGAUUAGUGAGUAAUUGAUCAUAGCCAAUGAAUACGAUUAUAAAACUGGACAGAAAACCAAAUACAAACUUAUUAUAUCUUAAAGUAUUUCCAAUUAUAUUAUUGUUGCUUUCAUCAAACUUGACUAAGUCUAUUUGAUAAAACAAUAAAAUAAAUUAACUUAGUUUAAAUAAUAAUUAGCUUCCAUCUUCACUAAUAAAUUAAAAACACCUUUAAAUGCAACAUUUGGCUAUUUAAAUUAAUCAAUAAAUGAUAUAUCAGUAUCUGAUUAAUUUAAAUAAUUAUAUUUGAUUCCUGCUAUGCUAAAUUCUAAACUUUAAUUAUAUUAAAUACAAGAUCUAUUGGAUUAUCUCUACUAGGAUUCCACAUAAUUAGCAUUACAAGUUACAAAAACCAAUUUGGUAAAAUUACUAUUGAGUGUAAAUGAGUUGUUAGAGUAGUAAUGCAAAACAAAAUAGAUAAAGCUCUAAUAUAAUCUUAAUAAUGUUGAUAUCAAAAACUAAAAGCCAAUUUACAUUUAUACAGAUUAAUAAAAAUUAGAAAGAAUAUUAAUCAAUUUACUCAAUAAUAGUUAUAGAUACUCUCCGUCGAACAAUACAAUAAGCAUAGAUAUCUCGAUUGAUGAAUAGGAAUCAAAAGCAUUUUUUAGAGUUUCUGAUAAUGGUGAAGGAUUCACUUAAGACUAAAUCAAGUUUAUAAAUUAAUAAGCACUUUUACAAAAUAAAUUUCACUUAGUACAAAAUCACCAUUAAGAUAAGUAUCAUCAUUUUAAAAUCCAUGUAAAAUUCGGAAUAUCUUUACAAAUUACAAAUCAUCUAAUCUCUGCUUUGAGUGAUUAACAUUCAAGCCUACAAUUAAACAGUUCUUAACAAGGAGCUGCUUUUGAAUUCUUUAUUAGUACUAAAAUUUAGAAUCAGUUUUCAAGUUCAUAAAAAAUCAUUUAGAAUUCAAAAACUAGUAAAUCAGUAAAAGGUCUGCAAAAUAUAGAACAAGAUAAUGGUUCAAUAUGCAGUUAUUCAAGUUCAAUAAUAAUAGAACCAUCACCAUAAAUGCCAUUAAAUCAGAACAAAAAUGAAUUGUAACAAUUUAAGAACAGAUACUCCCAUAGAUAACCAAGCAUAUCACUUACCCAAAGGGCAGAUGAAAACCAGUUCUAUUUAUUGAAAAAAGGAGUUCUUUGUGAAUCUAUAGAUUUGGAGAAUGAAUAAGAAAUAUUGAUUGUUGAUGAUGAACCCUUCAAUCAUGACAUAUUAUGUUUGAUGCUCAAAAAGUUAGGACUCAAUAGGUUUGUUACAGCUUACAAUGGCCAACAAUGUUUAGACAUAGUUAUGAAAAAGAAGUCUAGAAUUCAAUUGAUAUUCAUGGAUUUGGAUAUGCCAAUUUUAGGAGGACUUUAAACAACAGAAAUCUUGAUAAAAAUGAUGGAAUAAAAGUAAAUAGAUUAUAUAAACAUAAUUGGAUGUACUGCACAUGAUGAUUAUGAAACUCAUUUGAAGUGCAUUAAUGCUGGAAUGACGCAUGUUAUAAGUAAACCCAUCUUUUUGAAGGAUGUGAAGGAACUAUUUUUGAAAUUAAGUGACGAAUUACAAAUUAAAAACUUAUUCAUUAGUUAAUCUAUUGAAAAGCACAUGUGA